UCGUGGCUAUCCAAGGGAGGUCAGCAAUCCAAUGACUAAGAGAAACUGAGGAGUUAAACCUUAGGGCCUCGCUCCAGUUUCCAGGAUCUUGAGACCUGCCUGUAACUUUUCUGUAGUGGUGACCAUCUGGCAUAGUUGCAUCCAACUUCACAAUGGCAUCUGGAAACAAGGCCACGAAUACUGGCCCUCCAAAGGCUGAAGUAAAGCAGCAAGUGAACGUAGUAAACAGGGUGGCCGGCUUGCCGUUUAUCAGCUCUGCCUACAACCUGGUCUCCUCUGCUUACAGCUACGCCAAGGGGAUACACCCGUACGUCAGCAACGUCUGCAGCGUGGCAGAGACCGUGGCUGCCAUGGCAGUGGGCAGCGCAGUUGGUGGCGUGCAGCCAAUUCUAAGCCACCUGGAACCUCAGAUCACAUCGGUAAACGAGUACGCCUGCAAGAGACUGGACAAACUGGAGGAGAGCCUGCCCUUCCUUCAGCAACCAACAGAGAAGGUCAUUUCAGACACCAAGCAGAUGGUGUCUACUAAAGUGAUGAGUGCUGUGGAUGCUGCCUAUGGCGCGAAAGACACGGUCACCAGCACAGUGGCCGGAGCUGUAGAUGUAACCAAAGAUGUUGUCCAGGGCAGCAUCGAGCUGACCAAAUCAGUGGUGUCCUCCACUGUCAAUACUGCCAAGGAAGCCGCUUGUGGUGCGAAGGACAUUGUGACCAACAGGGUGACCGAAGCAGUGGACCUGACCAGAGGGACUGUCCAGGACAGCGUUGAGCUGACCAAAUCAGUGGUGUCCUCCACCGUCAAUACUGCCAAGGAAGCCGCCUGUGGCGCAAAGGACAUUGUGACCAACAGGGUGACCGAAGCAGUGGACCUGACCAGAGGGACUGUCCAGGACAGCGUUGAGCUGACCAAAUCAGUGGUGUCCUCCACUGUCAAUACUGCCAAGGAAGCCGCCUGUGGCGCAAAGGAUAUCGUGACCAGCAAAGUGAAUACAGUUGUAGGGCGGAGCAGAGAGGCUGUCCAGGACGGCGUGGAGAUGACCAGUUUCAUGGUGACCAACAGCCUAAAUAAAGCCAAGGCAGCGGGCCAGCUGGUGGCGAGUGGAGUGGAUGCUGUGCUGGAGAAAUCAGAGGCGCUGGUGGAUCAUUACCUCCCCAUGACAAAUGAGGAACUGGUUAAACUUGCUAUAGCCAUCGAGGGCUUCAGCAUGGCCUCCGUGGAAGAGCAGAAACAGCGGCAGAGUUACUUUGUGCGCCUGGGUUCCCUCUCAAACAAAGUCCGCCAUCGAGCCUACCAGCACUCCCUGAACAAGCUGCGGCUUGUCAAGCAAAACAUCCAGGAUACUCUUUCCCAACUCCAGCUGGCAAUAAACCUAAUCGAAUACGUAAAACAGGGCGUCGGGCAUAAGCUUCAGGAUAGGCUGGAGAAGCUUCAACAGCUGUGGACUGAGUGGAGCCAGACCCAGCCGAGGGGGAGCCGAGCUAAAGAUGCUUCCCAGCCUGAGCAGGUCGAGCCUCGUACUCUAGCCAUGGUGCGUAUCAUCACCCAGCAGCUGCACUCUGCCUAUGUGAAACUGGUAUCCAGCAUCCAAGGCCUCCCUAGCAACAUCCAGGAAACAGUGCAGCAGGCCGUUAACAACGUGCAGCAGCUCCACGCAUCCUUUUCCACAGCUGAUUCCUUCCAGGACCUCUCCAGCAGCUCCCUCACUCAGAGCCGGGAGAAAGUGACAAAGGCCCAGGAGGCUCUGGAUGCCCUACUGGAGUACGUCACACACAACACUCCCCUCAACUGGCUCGUUGGCCCCUUCACUCCGUCAAUCAGAGUGACCCAAGAAGCCACAGAGGAGCUGAAAGAAAUUAAGAUGACUGAGAUGAUAUCACCUGCACUGCAAGAGGUGGCUUCAGCCCAGAAGAAGGUGGCUGAGGUCCCCAGGGCACCAGAGAAGGAGAUGGCUGUGGCACUGAAGGAGGAGACCAAGAUACCUAAAGCACCAAAGGAGGCAAUGAAAGCACUGAAGAAGGCACUAGAGGAGUUGACCAGGGCAUCAGAGAAGACGGUGGCUGAAAAAACAAAGAAAGAUCCUUGAAAUGUUCCAACUAUUGUAGCCAGCUUCCAACUAUUCCAGCCCUGUAGGUUUUAGUCACUCAUAUAUCUGCCAGACCCAUCAAAGGGAGGGUGAUUGCCUCUCUGCACCUACCCCUGACACACUAGCCCAUGCUCAGAGCUAACAUACAGUCAGCUCAUCUAGCUGUAUCUUGCAGGAAAUUCACUAACCAAAGUGGCUUGACUGUCUGCACCUACCGCUCUUGCCUUGUUUCUGAAGCACCCUGUACUGAGGUGGGGGAGGGGGGGUUCGCAGUGUUGGCCGUAAGAGCUGCACGCCUGUGGCAGUCCAUGCGUGGAUUGCUAUGGACUAGCUGUGGACAGAUGUAGAGGAAAGCAGCAUUUCGUGCAAAAAGUCAAGCAUGCGUCCAAGCUGUGGACAGCUUAACACAACAAAAUGAUGCCCUUCACUUUUGAUACUGUUUCCUCCUCUUAAUUGUUAUAGCUGUCCAUCAUGUACACUACAAUAUAUGACCUCUUUUUUGACUGUUCUGCUCCCCGCAGGGCUAAGACCAUCAGCAGGACAGUUGGCAGCAGCUGUGGAUGUCUCCUUCCCAAGACCAUUUCCAAACCUUUCUUUUGCACAGAAAUAGUAUCAAGGGAGGGAUUAUUUUUUUUAAGUGCCAGUGUUCAAUGGGACUUGUGCUCCCAACAUAUUUAGUGCUUUUAAAAAUCCCACUGAAAAAACUAACUCUGUGCAUGUCAGAUUCACCCCAAGCACUCCGCAGCCACUGAAAAAAAUGGCUAACAGCAGCUUUGCCAGGAGUUGCUCAGAUGGAUCCAACAUUGCCAUGGUUGUGGGAUUCAUUGAGUUAUAAAGUGGGAAGGAUUGGUGCUGGUGUGUCUUGGUGAUCAACUCCUAGUGACUCCUUUACUACUGAUGCUUACUCCAAUAGUCCCUCCAGAAACAAAGUGCUCAGCUUGAAUUUAUGGAGAAAUGGCAACAUGGUCUUGAAAAUAAAUCUCACUUGCUUUCAAACCAC